UUAUAAGGUCAAGGUCUUAUCAACCUAAUUCUAGUACUAGUGUGAUCAGUGUUUGUAUUUUUAGGCUGUUCACUUCGUCAACCUUGGAAUAUUUCCUCAAAAUUUGCACAGGAUGACAACAUGCCUAGAGGAAAUUCUGUUUGUUUUAGUAGGUGGUUUGAGUUCACUGACUUGUUUUUGCUUUUGUAAAAAGAGAGCUUAUAGCAGUUGGGCAUCAGUCAGCAUGCUGGGCUCUUUGAUUCUGCUGUGGAUAUGCGUCCUCCUCGUCUUCCUCUUUAUCUGGAUCCAGAGGCCCAAGAACUACCCUCCUGGACCUCAACCUCUCCCAAUAUUUGGGAAUUUGCUUGAGCUGAGCAUUAACAAUCCUUUGAAAGAUUUUGAAAGGUUUGCAGAACGCUUUGGGAAAGUUUACAGCCUGUUUUUGGGAUCAAGACCAGCAGUAGUUCUUCAUGGUUUUGAGGCUAUAAAGGAAGCUCUGGUUACUAAAGCUGUAGACUUUGCAGGACGGCCAACAGACUUCAUGGUCAAUCAUAUUUCGGAGAAUAAAGGUGUUGUUCUGGCUGACUAUGGACCUCGCUGGAAAGAACACAGACGGUUUGCCCUUAUGACCAUGAGGAACUUUGGCCUGGGGAAGCAGUCCAUGGAGGAGAGAAUUCUGGGAGAGAUCUCACAUAUUAUUGCCAAAUUGGAAAAAAAUAAUGAAGGAAAUGUGAAUCCUCAGACUAUGUUCCACAACGCUGCAUCAAAUGUCAUCAGCUUGGUUCUGUUUGGAACCCGUUAUGAUUACAACGAAGAAUUCCUCAAGCGCUACAUUCAACUCGUUACAGAGAUUUCAAAAAUCAUCAAUGGGCCAUGGAACAUAAUUUAUGACACUUUUCCUGUAUUGAGAAACUUGCCUCUGCCCUUUAAAAAAGCUUUUGAUAAAACAAAAAAGAUAAAAAAUAUGACUUUGAGUCUGAUCGAUGAACACAAGAAGACGAGAGUCCCAGGAGAGCCGAGAGACUUUGUUGACUGCUAUCUGGAUGAGCUUGAGAAGAAAGAAAAUACUGGUUCCACCUUUGCUGAAGCCCAACUCAUUAUGUACAUAAUGGAUUUGCACUUUGCAGGGACUGAUACCACAUCCAACACACUGCUCACUGGUUUUCUCUACCUCAUGACUCACCCUGAAGUUCAGGAGAGAUGUCAGCGAGAGAUUGAUGAAGUUCUGGAUGGAAAAGAUCAGGCGUCUUAUGAAGACAGACACAAUAUGCCGUACACACUCGCUGUGAUUCAUGAGGUUCAGCGUGUCGCUAACACUGUACCACUCAGUGUGUUUCACUGCACCACCAAAGACACAGAGUUGAUGGGCUACAACAUCCCAAAGGGAACUCUCAUAAUUCCUAAUCUAACUUCUGUACUAAAAGAAGAGGGCCAGUGGAAGUUUCCUCAUGAGUUUAAUCCAGCCAACUUCCUGAAUGAUCAAGGCCAGUUUGUGAAGCCUGAGGCCUUUAUGCCCUUCUCUGCAGGUCCCCGUGUGUGUCUCGGUGAGGGUCUUGCUCGUAUGGAGCUCUUCCUGGUUUUGGUGACUCUGUUGCGCCGUUUCCAGUUUGUGUGGCCUGAAGAUGCUGGAGAACCAGAUUACACCCCAGUGUAUGGGGUCACACUCACACCCAAACCCUACAGAAUGCACAUCAAACUUAGAGAGAUAGUCGGAUAUAUGUAAAUUGUAAUGGCAAGUUUUUGUUUAACUCGUGAUGGUGUAUAGUGUAUACAAAAUGUAACUUAAUCAAUAAGACAUGAUAAAUCAUUGAUUAAUAUAACAUCUUGUGACAAGACAACCAAAACAACAAUGUUGUGUUCACUAUAGUGAUGUAAUGAGUAGUUUAUUGCAGCCCAGAUGACCAUUUUAUUGCAUAGAUUAAAGCAAUCUUUCAUAGAUCAGAAGAAUGAAUUAAGUUCUCAGUUAUGGUUCACUGAAGUAAUUUUUCUCUCAGAUCUCCUACAUUUUCUAAGGAUAAAUGAAAAUAGUGAGACAACUGUUUACCUACAGUAAGAGUAUAGAGCUAUAAAAUGUAAUUUGUUCAAUAAAUAAAUAAAUGAAUAUAAAAGAUA